CUUUCACGUAUCGCUGCUUGAACCGAAAUGUUUACCAUGGAAAUUCACAUAAGAGCAUUUCUGUGGCGCAUAAGCGGACUUUCAUGGUACAGAAAGCCACAUGAUGUUCAGUGGUAUUGACAUUGUGCAGCCAGCUCAGCAAUCUGAGCUGCUUCUGCUUCCAAAGUCCCAUGCUCCUUUGCACUGCCAGAAAGGAGGAGUACAGGUCUGCAUUCUGGUGGUGCACCUUGAACGAAGGCUUCCUUUCCAUAUUACCGUGGUAUGUGCAGUACAAACCUCACCACCAACUUCCUGGCGAGAAGCAGAACGCUCUCGUUCUGGAAAGUCGUCAAGAGCUUGCCAGACUGUACAGACAAGACUUCUGGUUCAAAUCAAACUUCAGUAGGGCUUUUGUGUUCCUGUCUCUGUCCCAAAUGCAUUCCUUUUUGCCAACGCUGCGUCACUUUUAAAUUUUGAACCUAUCUGCAUCACUUCAAGAAUGGGAGACUCUGCGCCUGACGAUAGGGAAGGUGCUGGCGGUGCAAUGGAGGGCCAGGAGCAAGGAGGCCCCUCAGGCGCCGCCGCAAAGCAUCCCGCUCUGGAGCACAAGCUUCCCCUUGCGCGAGUGAAACGGUUAAUCAAAGCAGAGUCGGAUGUAACGCAGUUGACAGCGGAAGCGGGGGCGCUUAUAACAAAGGCCACGGAACUGUUCUUAGAAAAGUUGGCGACGCAAGCGGCGCGCCACAUGGUUGACGACAGCCGGGUGACCCUCCGGUACAAGGACGUGUCUACUACCGUAAAAGAAGAAGACUCUCUAGAGUUUCUCCGAGAUAUCACCCCUGAGCCACUCACCGCUAUCCAGCUAGCAGAGGGCCCAGAGAACGGAGAAAUAGACGAGGAGAGCACGGACGAAGACGAUGACGAGCUUGCGGAAAACGAGAAUGACGAACGGACUUGAGACGAAAGAUGUGUUGAUGAUAUAAAUGAUUGUGUCGGUGGUCCCCGCUGGUUUCUGUCGUGAUCUAAGCAACGUCUUGUUUGUACUUUCGUAACUGCGUCGGCUCUCUUACCAACUUCUCGUCAAGAAUUUUUCGGUCGAGUUGCAAUGCACAUUUCGGUUUUGGGCGCUAAACUUAAUUACCGGUCAGUCUCACUUUGUGUGCCUCGCAAAUCCAAG